UGCAUAGUCACGUGACGCUACUACGUCACAUGUAAGUCGGGGAAGAUGGCGGCCGCCGGAGGAGAGUCUUCUACCGAGAAUGUGUCGGAUGAAUUAUUUCAAAACUUUUACACGGAGGUGAAGCAGAUUGAGAAGAGAGACUCUGUGUUAACCAACAAGCAGCAGAUCGACAGACUGCUCAGACCUGGCUCAUCCUACUUCAAUCUCAAUCCCUUUGAAGUGCUCCAAAUUGAUCCAGAGGCAACAGAUGAUGAAUUGAAGAAAAGAUUUCGGGCGUUGUCCAUUUUGGUCCAUCCAGACAAAAAUCAGGAUGAACCAGACAGAUCACAGAAAGCCUUUGAAGCUGUGGACAAGGCGUACAAGCUGCUACUGGAACCAGAACAGAGGAAGAGAGCGCUAGAUGUGAUCCAUGCAGGACAGGAAUAUGUGGAGCAUAACGUAAAGGAGAAAAAGAAACAGUUGAAGAAGGAUGGUAAGCUGUUGGAUGUGGAGGAGGACGACCCUGAAAUGUUUAAGCAAGCCGUGUACAAACAGACCAUGAAGCUGUUCGCAGAGCUUGAAAUCAAGAGGAAGGAAAGGGAAGCAAAGGACAUGCACGAAAGAAAAAGGGCAAGAGAAGAAGAAAUCGAUGCAGCAGACAAAGCAAAGCGGGAGAGAGAAUGGCAGAAAAACUUUGAGGAAACGAGAGAUGGGCGUGUGGACAGUUGGAGGACCUUCCAAGCUAAAGGCAAGAAGAGCAAGGAGAAAAAGAACAGGUCCUUCCUCAAGCCCCCGAAAGUAAAGAUGGAACAGAGGGAAUGAUGCUGUAAAAUGGGACUCUAUUAGAUUAAACCCACUGUUCUAAAAACCCUAGUUCUGUUUCCUCACCUCGUCCUCUGCAGUCAACUGUGAAGUCGUCAUCCGGAUACGUUGUACAACAACUUCCUCAUCCUGACCAACGUAGUUUUGUACUUGGUUUUCUAAUGUACAUAUUUGUGAUCUAGACCCAGAGAUCAUACCUGCCUCAUGUAAGAAAGAGAAAAUGAUGCAUCUUCUCUUCUGUAACUGAUGAGAAAUAUGUGGUUUGUCAUUGUUGUUGUUCUUUUUCUUUUUUAACUAAAUAAAGCUUGAGCAUUACAAGCCAAAAUUACAGUGGUCUAGAAUUUGCAAUUUAAAAAGAAUCCGUUUGAGGAUCUGGUAAGACACUUCACCAAGACACUGACUGGAUUUACACACGACUUAAAACAUGCCGUCAGAUUAAAGCAGAACAGGAACAUUUCUGGACCGUCCACCAAAAUAUUGAGUACAACUAGGUUGUUCUUUUAGUGUCUUACUUCUCCAUGUCUUAAAUGUAUUCAUUAAGAUAUUGUCAAUAAAAACACCUGACUGGUGUUUGUUGCACAUAAUUUCCUAUUUGUUGAAUAAAAUCCUUUUACCUG